AUGUGGGGUGGAUAUAUGGCGUCAAGUUCUCUUGGAACUCAUCGUUUUGCCCUUUAUAUGUGUGGAUCCUCCUUUGAUGAAAUGGACGUAAAUCAGACAUGCGUGGAUACAACCGAUGCUUUUGUAACUGGUCAAAAAUUUGCUACAAGAGAAGAGGCGAUAAGUUGGAUUAGGGAGGUUGGAAUCAAGAAUAAAGUGACAAUUAUAAUAACUCAUUCAGAUACCAAAACAGAUAGUGAAACCCAAAGUGCUAGUAAGAGAUGUGGUUGUCCUUUCAAAAUUAGGUCAACACCAUUGAAAGAUGCUUCUGGAUGGAAGAUCGAUGUAAAAUGCGGAGUACACAACCACGGUUUACCUGAUAGAUUUGAAGGUCAUGCUUUCAUAAGUCGACUAAAUACAAAUGAUAAGCAACAUAUUGUUUAUUUGACAAAACGCCAUGUUCCACCAAUACACACAUUAUUGUCAUUGCAAGAGCGUGACCCGGAGAAUGUCACUCAGAUCAUGCAAAUAUACAAACAUAAGAGUAAGAUAAAAAGAGACAUAAGGGGUCCCAGAACAGAAAUGCAACAAUUGCUCAAGUUGGUUGAAGAAUCAGGUUAUGUUUACUGGAGCAGGAAAAAGGAUGAGUCAGAAGUUGUGAGAGAUAUUUUCUAG